CUGCGCUGUGUCGAUUAAAUACAAUUGUCUAUAUUAUAAGAAUUCUCCAAGCGAUAUUUUUUCACUUACUAAAAGUGUAUGUAUGUAUGUAGAACAAUUAUAUGAAAAAGAUAAGGCAACGAUCUCACGAUUUUGUUGAACUUGUGAAAACAUGAUGUACUUGUAGUUUAACAAUCUUAAGCCACGAAAGGAUCUACGAGAUUGAUACAAAAGUUAAGGAAGUACAGAGGUUUUCUAAAAACAUAAUGUUGGAAAAUGUAGAAUUAAAAAAUAUAAGUUUUGAAGCACUGUUUUCUACUUUACCAAAAUGAAAAAAAACACAAUGAUUCUUUAUCUUAGACUUUUAUUAAAUCAAAAAACUGAAUCAAAAAUAAAGAAAACGCUUAUAAUUCGUUAAAUAUUUCACGCAACUUCGUAAUACGUCGGCUUUUUAACCAUGGAAGACGAAAAAGAAAAUACUUGUCCACGAAUGUAUGGCCACCUGUGCAAAUUCCAUUGGCGCGGAAUCGUACUACUUGUAACACCGUUUCUAUUACUGCCACUUAUAAUACCAAGCUAUGAAAGGCACUUGCGUUGCCUAUACAUAUUCUCUCUCAUGUCCAUCUAUUGGCUAACAACUGCUGUACCGUUACAAGUGACCGGUUUAUUGCCAUUUGUAUUGCUGCCAUUUCUGGGCCUUAUGGAUUCGACUCCGGCGUGUAAACAGUACUUUACGGUACCGUUAGUUAUUUUCAUAGGAGGCGUUAUGGUGGGUCUAAGCAUCGAAUCCAGUAAUUUGGGUAAACGUGUGGCGCUCGGUUUAUUAACAAUGCUGGGUGUUAGUCCAAAGCGUGUCAUCCUUGCUCUCAUAUUAACCACUGGUUUCAUCUCCAUGUGGAUGCAGAACACAAUGACUACGGCAUUGAUGUUACCCCUAGUGAAGGCAAUACUCGACGAAUUUGAGUCGGGCGGUCUAAGAAUCAAAGAGGACAAAAAGCCUGAACAAGCCGAGGAAAAUAGAGAGUCCUCACAUAUUGCCACCGGUUAUUACUUGGCUGUAUGUUAUUCGGCAACGAUUGGUGGCUGUGCAACUUUAAUUGGUACUUCCACAAAUAUAGCAACAAAAGGUAUAUAUGAAAAUUUAUUUGUGAAUACCACGGACAUCAUAGACUUCCCCAAAGCGUUGGCAUACAAUGUUCCUUGGGUGCUAGUAGCCUUGGUGCUCUUGUACUUCACACUUUUAAUGACACAUUUCGGUCUUUUUCGUCCAAAAAGUGAAACCGGUGCAGCACUUUCUAGUUUCACAAAAAGUUCUAACGAUAUUGCGACUGCGGUUAAACAGAAAUUCGAGGACAUGGGUCCGAUGAGCAUUCAUGAAAUCCAAGUUGCUAUAGUAACUGCACUCAUGAUAUUUUUACUUACAUUUCAAUCACCUGGAAUUAUAACGGGAUGGGCUGACCAUAUGAGUAAGGAAGGUUUUAUUAAAGGAGCUACCCCAAUGAUUGCCGUGGUCGUGCUGCUCUUUUAUUUUCCAGCAGGAUAUACAUUCUUCAAAUUCUGUUGUGGCAAAGGCCCUUUCCCACAUAGCGCUGAGAAGCCUUUACUCUCAUGGAAAUACGUUAAUAACAACUUUCCUUGGGGCAUCGUUUUUGUCUUAGGUGGCGGUUUCGCGUUGUCAAAAACAUUUAUUCAGUCAGGGUUAUCUCUGUGGCUUGCUGAUAAAGUGUCUGUAUUUAACGGAUUGCCACUUCCGAUUUUACAGUUAUUUUCUCUAUUGGUUUCGGCAUUUUUAACGACAUUCACUUUGAACACGGGCGUGUGUAAUAUAGUGGUACCAAUUAUAGCCGAAAUUGCACGUAAUGCUAAAACGCAUCCACUAAAUUUGGUAUAUCCAGCUGGCCUGGGUUGCUGUGUCGCUUUCCUUUUACCCAUCAGUACGCCACCUAAUGCUCUUGUAGCUGAACAAGCUAACAUAAGUUGGAAGAAAAUGUUUCUUGCCGGUCUAAUCCCAACAUUUACAUCCAUAAUUCUCAUCUAUCUGAAUUCUAUAUCUUGGCACUACAUUGUAUUUCCAGAAACUAAAGACUAUCCUGCUUGGGCUGAUCUUCAAAAGAAGUAAGGACAAACUUUCAACGGUUCUCAUUUCAACGCAUUUGAAUAAUUUAUUUUUACGUCAUCGCUCGUUUUCAUGCUGUUAUGUUAAAUCACUUGUUAACUCUUAUAAAACGAAUAAAUAUACCACAUUUCCUUCAGUAUCCAAAAUGUUUAGACCUUGUUAUUUAUUUUCC